AUGCGUGCAACAGCGGAAUCUCUCCACGACGCCCGCCCUGAGGACCCGUACAAGGCGACUCCAGAGGAAGAAACUCAGGUUGAGGCGCGCGUGGAGGAGCAGACACCCGAGGGUUGGGAGGAGGAGUUCGCCGUCCCAGAGAUCCAGACCAAUCUGAAGCUGCCCUCGAGCGUCACUGUCGCUCCGACGAAGGAGCAGCUCGACAGCUCGCCCUAUGUGCCAGCCGAGAACAUAGAAGGACUAGAGUGGGUUGGCGGGCUGGAGAACUGGUGGGAGGACGAGAGUCAUUGGAGCCCGAGCAGCGAUUUUGUCGGGUUUGGACCCAAGGAGAAGGUGCGAGAUGCAAGCUUGCUCGAGGUUCUUGCGCGACGAGCAGUUGUGGAGGCUCUAGCAUGGCGGGAGGCCGGAUCCGAGUCUCUCGCGGCACUUUGGGAGCGGGGCGGCAGGGAAGAACUGCUCCGAGCUCUGGCUCUGGGCGUUGAGGUUGCUGAAAAUGGAGCUGCGACCUUGAAGGGCGAUACCAGCAAAGUCGUCGAAGAUUUAAGGUGGAGGCCGGUAGAGGAGGAGGCAUCAGGUGCCUCGCAACCAACCGCACCGGGCGAGUUCAGCGCCGAGGAAGCGAGAGAAUACUUACAGUCGUGGGAUAAGAGCUGGAAGAAUGUUUCUCUACAGGAUCCUCGACUGAAGUUCGCUAUUUCAAAACGUAUUCUUCAGCUUACAGGUCAUGUCAUCCCUGACGGGAAGCUCCAUUCGAUACAAAACGUACAACAACUCCUCAACAUACUCGUUAAGCCGCCGCAGCCUACGAAGGUGGCCGAGGCUAUCGAGACAAGCGGCGAUCUGCUCAGCCUCCCCAAUGUCCAAGUUUACUCAAGACGGGUCACUCCCGUGGACAAGCAUAAGAUGGUGGGACGCUGGAAGGUCAUUGUUCAGGAGCUGGAGAAGCGUGGCCUGCCAGUGACUGGCACCGGCAAGUACGACAAGGCGCGGGAGAGGGAGUAUCUGCGUGGCAAGGCAUAA